AUGGCACUACCGGCCAUCUAUAGUCUUUCUCCUGAGACCUUGGAGCUGAUAUUCGGUCAAUUUUGUCUUCACUGCCAAGGCGAAUGUCUCAAUCCAACUCCAAUUGACUGUUCCAUUAACGGGGCUGAGCAGGGCGAUGGCUCUUCUUCCUCGUACUCCCUGGACCGCCACGCACUCUUCUCACUAUGUUUGGUCUCCCAGAGGCUCUCUGACAUUGCUCGACCGAUUCUUUACCACGAAUUUGCUCCAGGAUAUGGAGAUUCCGGGAGAUCGACAGUAUACGCGUGGGAUAGGCGGCUCACAUCGUUCAUGCGGACUGUAGCGAAACGCCCCGAGCUAGGCAGACUUGUCAAAAGAGUUUAUAAACACCAUUUUCUAACAAAGAAUCUCGAUGUUGGCGAUGCAAUGCACGCCCUUGAUGAAGCAGCGCGCGGAAUGGGCCACGAUCUAUCACAUGCAUGGAUGCUACGAAUACAACGCGGCUUCGGCGAAAAUCCGAUGUGGCUUUCAUUCCUUUCGUCUCUUUUAGAGACGGAGAAACUUCUGAAACACCCUGACUUACAAGGUAGCCUAAAAUCGAGGGAAGAAUUGACUCAGAAGCAGCGACGAUGGCUGGCUGCCGAAUUGAUGUCGACGGUCAUUGCUCAGCUGCCGAACCUAGAUCAUCUCAGUCUAUGUGUGUUGCCAUAUGGUCCUGGAGACUGUGCUCCACCAUCCGCCUUAGAAGUUCUUGGUAUUUCUAGUUUACGCCUUAAGACUGUCGAUAUCGCCCUUGAUGCUAGCGAUAUUGAUAUGGGGUUCAACUUGGAAAUCCGGCUGCGCGGUCUACUUCGCUGGUCACAGCAGUUAACGACAAUCAAUCUCCAUAAAUGCUCAGCGACAUUCAGUCUAGUGCCAAUUCUAUCACUACCACGGUUAUCAAAUAUUCGCAUGACCGAAACCAGAAUUGGUGAGGCCAGCUUAGAAUCACUGCUGACCUCGAGCCAAGAUCUUCGUACAUUUUCAUACGAGGCCGCAUAUUCUGACAGCUGGAAGGAAAGUCUGAAUGGGCGCUACCAUUUUCAAUCCUUUCAUGCGAUUAAUGCUCUAGGCAGGCAUCGGGAAACACUGGAAUUUUUGCACUUGGAUCUCCGAGGAUGGGACGCUUUACUCGCAACUCGUGGUACACAUAUCCCGCCAUUUCCGAGUCUCAAGCAUUUUACGUCACUUCAGCGGUUAUUUUUGAGGGUCGACGCGAUAUUUCUUAACAGCCUGGAAUCGUCUAAUGACCACCAGGCGCUAAUUAAUAUUUUGCCGAAAGGCAUAGUAUCGUUACGUAUCGGUGGUUAUUUCAGUGAAACUUUCCCGCGUCUUGCAAAUGCUUUACUUGGUCUUGCGGAUGCCGUAAUGUCUCAAAAACACAACGAAGAGCGACAGUUUCCCCACCUGAGUGAGAUUCAGUGUGACUUUACACCAAUGAUGGAUAAAUGGGGGAUAAGCAAAGUGUUGGGCGUUGCUGGCAUUCGUUUUCUAUAUGGCGAUUCUGGCUCAUGAAAGUCGCAGAUUGCAUCUGGGAAGCCCCCAUUUGUAUUGUAUGAGUUGGUUGUUAUUAUAAACAAUGAACAUAUGGU